AGUAGGCGGCGGAAGCACAAAUUCAGCCAUUUGGCGGUAAUCUUUGGUGAAAAUUCGAAUUAUUUGGCGCUAAAACCCUUAUCUCCAUUUCAAUCUUUACCGCUCCCCACUUUCAUCAUUUCACAAAUAAGAUCCACUUUUUUGUUCUUCACACAUCCAGUAUCCCCUCAUCUCCAUUUCUCAGUCCCAUUUUGAUCCAACUGAUUCAUGGAAAGCGAUGACGAUUAUCAGUCCUUUUACAUGCCGAAGGACGUUUCGCCGGAGGUCCACCGUCCGAGAUUCAAACGUUUAAAGAAAGCUCUAGCAGCCUCCAAAAAUCAACAUCGUCCCCCAAUAGACGACGUCUUUGACUUUCCUAAGGUUGAUUUUUCCAAAUUGGAAGCUUUAGAAGAAGAUUCUGUUGAUUCAACUGAACCUGAACCUGUCUCAUCACAGGGCACCGAGGAUGAGAUAAGAGUUGGAUCUGUUUCUGAGGAAAAGGGCGGUGAUAGUAGGGAAGCUCAACAAAAUUCUGCUGAUUCUACUGAACUCCUAUCACUACAAAACAGCGAAAUUGAGAUCAGAUUAGAGCCUGUUUCUGAUGAGAAGCAUAGUGAGGACUUUGAUGACAAGGAUGUUCUCGUUUCUGGUCAGCAGUGCCAAGAGGUUAAAAGAUCUCUAGAAUUUGGUGAGGACGAUGAUCAGUCUCAUGGCAAAGAACAUAAACAAAGUAGAGAAAUUGGGGAAGAUUUGGUAUCUGGUGAUGUGACAAAAGAGAUUCAUGAAGAAAUUGGGGGAAUUGACGAAGUGAUUGGGGAUAUGAAUAUGGAGAAAUUGGGAUUACAACUAGAUGAAGGAGAUGACAAAAAGAAAAAUAAGAAGAAGAGAUCUAAAGGUGACAUUGGUAGAGAAGUGAAGUCUAAAGAACUGGCUUCGAACAAAAGAAGAGAAGAAAAGGAAAAUAAAGCAUUUUGUCGGCAGCUUCAUGUUGAUACUCAGCGAUUAUUGCGAGAAAGUAAGGAUGCAACAUUUAAGCCUAUACCAGUUGUACAUAAGCCAAUAUCCUCGGUGCUGGAGAAGAUUCGGAAAAGGAAGCUUGAAAUCUCGAAAAACAGGACCGCGAUGCUAAUCAGCAACGAUUCCAUUCACAAGUUUAGUGCUUUGAGAGAGGUUACAAUGGAAGUAGACGCAAAGAGUGCAUAUUCUGAAGAGCAGAGAGUUGACAAACUGGAAAUAGAGACGGAAGGGAAAGUGGAUGCACAUGGCACAGAAAUGGGUAGGACUACAGAAAACUCCAAUAUUGAUGGAAUUUCAGUACCUCCAAUAAAGAGAAGCAGUGAAAUUGUUCUUGAUGAAAUGGCUUUGGAUGAAAGGCCCAAUGCUGUAUUUAGAGCUCCCGUUGAUGACACUCAGGAUCUAUUUGAUGAUUCUGAACCAACUGGCAGUAAGGAUGUGAUACUUGAUGACCUGGCCUCUAGUCCUUCAGAAGAAGUAAUGGCACCGUCUCUCCUUGCUUUGAACUUGAAGUUUGAUUCUGUCCCUCCAGAUGAAAGAAGUUCAUCAGAUGAGGAGGAUACUGACAAGGAGAAUAUUAGUCCGUAUAUAAAAGGUGGCGGCGGCAGCAAUUCUCCAAAGGGAGACCCUGUUAAAGCAUUUGUUGAUGAUGAAGCGGAGGAAGAAGAUGACAGUGAUAAUGACCUAAUCCGGUUUGGUGAUAAUGAAAACGAUGAUGAUAUUGAUGAUUCUGCUGAACUCCAUGAUAUUAUUGCCACUGAUUACAAAGAAAAGAAAAUUGAUAAUGAAAAGCGGAAUGAACUUCAUCAAAAGUGGCUUGAGCAGCAGGAUGCAGCUGGAACUGAAAAUUUGCUGCAACGGUUAAAAUGUGGUGUAGAACAAAAAGAGACGAUGUCGGUUGAUGAUGAACUAGAAAGCGAAGAGUGUGAAAAAGAGGUCAAUGGCAUCACUGACAUGGAUGCAGUACCUAAGAGUUCUACUCGGUUGAGUUCAAAAAAAGCAAAGCAAAUAAUAGUUCAGAUGUUUGUGGAUAAAGAUGAUAUAUUCUUAUCUGAUGAAGACGAGGAAACUGAAAAGAGGGUUGUCAAGCAGCGCAUACUUUAUAACUCUGAGGUUACAACUGUAGCGUCGCCUAUUGAGGAUGAAAGUUCCAGUGAGAUAUUUGAACUUAUAAAGAAACUUAAUACUAUGCCGGAUAAGAGAAAACCAAAAGCAUCCUCGUUCUUUGAUACAGUGCUAGGGGAUCAAAAGAAAAAAAGCUCUUUGAAGUCCUCUUUUCUUGGACGAGUUACAAAUCAUCUUCCAUCAUCCCAUAAACAAAGUUCAACUGUAGUUCGUUCUUUCAUCUUUGGACGGGAUGACAGCAAUAGCCAAAGCUCAAUGUCAAUGUCAGAGGAUUCUUCAGAUAUGGUGGUGAAAGAAAACCUUCCAAACAGAAAUAGUACAACUAAGUUUGGAAGCUUCCAAGCCAAAUCAAGAAGUCAAGGUAAAAAUGCUGCUGCAGGAACAUCAGCUGCUGCUCCCUUAUUUGAGAUAUUAAAGCGAUCUUCAGCACCAUCUAAUGUCUGUUCUCGAGAUGUUUUGCUUGACCUUCCUAAACCUCUCCUUGCUGAUCUUAGAGUUUCAAAGAGGUCCAAGGCAGAAGAGAAAAAUAGUUCACUAGAUAGUUGAUUUUGUUUGUGUUUUUUCUUUUAUCCUUUCUCUUUCUCCAGAAAUCACGGAAGAGUGUUGUGAGUCAUCUGAAAACAGUGAGAGGGGUGCCAGUCGACAUUUUUUUUUUGUCUGAAUAAUACUUAUUUGAGAAGUGCGGCACCAAAACUGUACUUUUUCAAAGCCAAAAUUUAACACACUCCAAUUACU